AUGAUGCUAGACACAGCUGGAGGUGCCGCAGGCGGUGAUCAGCUGUCCGCAUCAGUCAUAGACGACUUCUAUGCGAGCGACGCCCCGGACCAACAUGUGUUUUCGGGUCCCGUUAGCCCCUCAGCCAGCUUCAACAAUGAAGCAGUCACACAGAGCCACCCACCAGACGAGCUGACCCAUGCUACUCACCCAGCGGCCUCACCCGCCACUGUCUCCUUGGGUGGUAAUACACCUGAUUCUGUGGGUCUCGGCGGGAGCCUUGAUGGCAACAAGAUCCCCGGGGGCGCAAAGUUUGCAGUUUCUCAGAUCCAUGGGGUGUACUUGGCGCUGCACCGUUCGGUGCUGAGCCGUUGCGCGCCAUGGAGCGAAUUUGCCAUGACGUCUUCUUUUCAGCGGCCGGGCACAGGAGCCGCGGCAGUUGACAGGAUGGAGAGGAACAUGCGUUAUUUCGCCACCAACUAUUUGUGCAUCUGCGGCGCCCUUGGUGGGGUUUGUGCCCUCCUAAACCCCUCGGUAUUAUUCCUUUCUGCUCUUUGCGGGGCUCUAUGUGCCUUCGCUUCAUUCAAAGGAGAAGUGCAGAUAGGGGAUACGACGCUCUCUAAGCGAAGCUUUCAGACCGCGGUUUGCGCCUGCGGCGCCUGCUUGCUAUUCCUCUUCGCUGGCAACGCGGUGCUCACGCUGUUAUUCGUCUGCUGCCUCAUUGUGGCUAUACACUCGGCACUUCACAAGGGUGUCUCCUACCAAACCAUCGCACAGAAGAACGCUCCCCCGCACGCAGACCUGGGAGUAUAA